GGAGCGCCAAGGUCGGGCUUCAUAGAGCCUGAGAAAGGGCAGUGCACCGUUGUUACCGGGAACAGAAAGGAGAACCAGCUUCUGUUGUACAGCGGAGAGGAAUUAUCUAUAGAAUAAGUAUGCUAAUAUUGAAUAAGAUAGCCGGAGUUAUUUCUAAAACAUCAAAAAGGAAAAUUUGUGAAUAUAUAAGGAGUUUUAAUUUUCAUCCUGGAAAAGCAUUUCUUCAUAAACUAGUUUUGGGAAUUGAAACCAGUUGUGAUGAUACAGCAGCUGCUGUGGUGGAUGAAACUGGAAACGUUUUGGGAGAAGCAAUACAUUCCCAAACUGAAGUUCACUUGAAAACAGGUGGGAUUAUUCCUCCGGUAGCUCAACAGCUUCACAGAGAAAAUAUUCAACGAAUAGUACAAGAAGCUCUCUCUGUCAGUAAAGUCAGUCCAAGUGAACUCUCAGCAAUUGCAACUACCAUAAAACCAGGACUUGCUUUAAGCUUGGGAGUGGGCUUAUCAUUUAGCUUACAGCUGGUUGAUCAGUUGAAAAAGCCCUUUAUUCCCAUUCAUCACAUGGAAGCUCAUGCACUUACUAUUAGGCUGACAAAUAAAGUAGAAUUUCCUUUUUUAGUUCUUUUGAUUUCUGGAGGCCAUUGUCUGUUGGCAUUAGUUAGAGGAGUUACAGAUUUUCUUCUUCUUGGAAAGUCUUUGGACAUAGCACCGGGUGACAUGCUUGACAAGGUAGCAAGAAGACUUUCUUUAAUAAAACACCCAGAGUGCUCCACCAUGAGUGGUGGGAAGGCUAUAGAACAUUUGGCUAAUCAAGGAAAUAAACUGCAUUUUGAUUUCAAACCUCCCAUGCAACGUGCGAAAAAUUGCGAUUUUUCUUUUUCUGGACUUCAACAUGUUAUAGAUAAAACAAUAAUGCAAAAGGAAAAAGAGGAAGGUAUUGAGAAGGGGCAACUUCUGUCCUCAGCUGCCGACAUUGCUGCUGCAGUGCAGCACACCACAGCAUGUCACAUUGCAAAAAGAACACAUCGUGCUAUUCUGUUUUGCAAGCAGAGAAACUUGUUAUCUCAAAGUAAUGCAGUACUGGUUGUGUCUGGAGGAGUUGCAAGUAACUUAUAUAUUCGAAAAGCUCUGGAAAUUGUAACAAAUGCCACACAGUGCACUUUGUUGUGUCCUCCGCCCAGACUGUGCACUGACAAUGGUGUUAUGAUUGCAUGGAAUGGUAUUGAAAGAUUGCGUGCUGGCUUGGGCGUUUUAUACGACACAGAAGGCAUCCGUUAUGAACCAAAAUGUCCUCUAGGAAUAGAUAUAUCAAAAGAAGUUGGAGAAGCUGCCAUAAAAGUACCACGAUUAAAAAUGAAGAUUUGAUUUUUGCUUUCAAAAAUCCCUGAAGUGCAGCCCAGGAGGACAUAUGAAGACACUGAGCAAAACGGAUAGAGAAAAAAGGGGCCUUUAAAGGAUACAGUGAAGCCCAGCUUGCUUUCGUGUCACAUCUAUGUGCUGCUGUAAAAUAGGAGAAGCAGACAUACAUCAAAACUUCCAUCUACUGGGAUGAAACAGUACCCUUUGGGCAGAGACACCAUGUCAUUCUAAGCCAGAGAAUAUCAUCACCCUUUCCAGCUGCAAACCAGAGGUUCUCAAUAAGUACGGAGAGUGGUCAGUGCUGUUUGCCACA